UUAUGAUUAAAACGUAUUUAAUUUUUAAUAUCAAAACGUUUUUACAUUUCUCAAAAAAAGAAGUACCAUUUUUCUUAUUGGAAUGGGCUUUGUUCUUCUAAGUGGCCCAAACUAUAGUUCCUGGGCCGGAUCGUGUCCUCCUGAGGAAAUAGAUAAAUGGAUGGCAACAGCUACUGGCGCCAGUAAACUAGCAAGGCAGAUAGGAGCUGCAGUGAAGCAAGCAGCAUCCAAGGGGAUAGGAUGGUACGGGCCUCACAUGGCUGCUGCCUCGAGGGCCAUAUCUGAAAGAAUCCCAAUGGUCGAUCUCCUCCUUGAAGUCAGAGAUGCCAGGAUUCCUUUGACAUCGGAGUAUGACCUCUUGAGAAAUUACCCUUCAUCCGCUCGGCGAGUUAUCGUCCUGAACAAGAUGGACUUGGCUAAUAGAUCCCAACUAAAGGAGUGGAUGAAGUACUUUGAGCAACAAAACUGCAUUUCUUAUGGAGUCAAUUCCCAUAACAAGGACAAUGUCAAGGAGUUUCUCAACUUUUUACAAGCUCGAGUCAGGGAUCUAAAGAAAAAUAAUCAUUCUAAUGAUACCAUAACAGUAUUGCUACUCGGAAUUCCUAACGUUGGUAAAUCAGCGCUUGCCAAUUCUAUGCAUCAAAUUGGGAGGAUUAGUGCUGCAGAGAAAGGAAAGUUGAGGCAUGCAACAGUGAGUCCACAUCCAGGAGAGACAAAAAAUAUCAGCAGCUUGAAAAUUGCUAGUCACCCUAGUAUAUACGUUUUGGACACUCCUGGUAUUUUGCCUCCUGAGAUUCAUGAUGUUGAAGCCUGCUCCAAAUUAGCCUUAACAGGAGCAAUUAGAGACAGUUUGAUUGGAGAAAUGGAGCUUGCUCAAUAUUUUCUUGCUAUUCUCAACUUGAGCGAUCAAUACAAGAAAUGGGCAAAGUUAGCCACCGUCAGUAGUGAAGUGUCAUUCAUAGAGCAUAAAGAAGAGCAUUCAAGUAGCUCAGUGUUGGAAAUGAAACAAAAAAGACAAUUUCCUACGGAUCAUACACAGGAUUCUAUAGUGCGUGAUGUCCGUUGGACUCUCUUUGAAACAAUCUCAUGUUUUGAUGGUCACCUUGAACGGGAAGAGGAUUUGGAAAGACUUAUUGAGGCACAGUUCACAUCCUUGAGGACACCACUUCAUGCACCUUUAGAAUUAGGUCAGGAUGCUGAGAGCAAAAUUGCGGCUAAGUUACUGAAUCUGUAUCGUACUGGGAGGCUGGGGCAUUAUACUCUAGAUUCUGUUCCUACAAACACCUUGUGAUCCACUGUCAAAUAAAUUGUCUUUAAGUUGCAUGUGUUCAACUGUUUGCCCACUUUUUUGUUCAUUCAAGGCAAUAUUACAGUUCUUUUUUUCCUGAAAGGCAGCAAAAUUACAAUUCUG